CAAAUCUCUCUGUAAAUCCCCAUUCUUCUACCUCCUAAAUCCUCAUUUCCUUCGUCUACUUGCUGCUGGAGAUAAAAACAAAUGUUCAAUUCCACCUAAACUCUCUAACUUGAAGUUUCCUUCCCCUGAUUUGGUGUGUCGGAAAAAAUUGCGUCUCCACUUCUGUUUCUGAAGGUAGCUGUUUGUUUUUUUCUCCGAUUGAGGUAGUCACUGGUCGCCAUUAGAGGAAAGAUGGAUUCAGUUAAUCAAUCAGCUCUUACCCCAAGUAAGACCAGAUUGGCUCGUACUUUUACCAAAGUUUUGCAUAUUCGAGCUGCAACGGCUGAUCGGAGUCGGAAAUUGAAGGUAACUGAAAAGGUCAAGAAUGAUGAUGAGCGAAAGAAGUUAUUUAGUGACGAAAAUGACGAGUUUCAGAAGAGAGCAGCGAUGGAUGCGUUUAUUGCCAAGGUUUUUGCCACCGUCUCAUCCGUGAAAGCUGCAUAUGCCCAGUUGCAGUAUGCUCAAUCUCCAUAUGACGCUGAAGGAAUUCAGUCGGCCGAUCAGAUCAUGGUCUCGGAACUCAAGAGUUUAUCGGAGUUCAAGCAAUCAUUCUUGAAGAAACAUCUUGACGACAACUCCCCCGAAACCACUCACUUGUUGGCUGAAAUUCGAGAACAGAAGAAUCUCUUACAAAUGUACGAAAUCACCGGAAAAAAAUUGGACAGUCAGAGCAAGCUCAAAGACUCCGAGAUCAUCUUCUUGAAAGAGAAGUUAGACGAAGCCAAUAGAGAAAAUAAGUCGAUCGAGAAGAGAUUAAACUCAAGCGGGCCUUUAUUGCCUGAUGAGAAGCUUCAUUUUCCAUUGGCAAACGACUUCGUAUCAUAUCUUCGACAAACGACAAAAUGCAUUAGAAGUUUCGUUAGGCUUAUGAUCGGUGAAAUGGAAUCAGCCAAUUGGGAUUUGGAUGCAGCUGCGAGUUCAAUCCAACCGAACGUUGUUUACUCGGAUCCCACCCAUAAAUGCUACGCAUUCGAGUCAUUUAUCUGUCGAGUGAUGUUCGAUGGGUUCAAUCACCCGGGUUUUUCCAUCGAUUCCCGAUCUCCGCCCAACGAUAAACGGUUUUUCAUCGACAAUUUCAUGGAACUGAAAUCCUUAAAAGCAAAAGAGUACAUUAAAUGGAAACCAAAGUCAUUGUUCACGAAAUUUUGCUGGUCCAAGUACCUGAGACUCGUUCAUCCCGUAAUGGAAUUCUCUCUUUUCGGGAACUUGAAUCAACGAGAUCUCGUGGCGGCCGGAAAAUUCCCGAAAACGACGUUCUUUUCAUCGUUCGCCGAUAUUGCGAAACGGGUUUGGCUCCUCCAUUGUUUGGCAUUCGCAUUUGAUCCGGCGGCCGCCACGUUUCAGGUGAGAAAAGGCAGCCGGUUCACGGAGGUGUUCAUGGAGGGUGUAAAUGAAGAACCACCAAAAGCCUCGCCGGCGGAGGUGGCCUUCACGGUGGUCCCGGGGUUCAAGGCGGGUAAAACCGUUGUACAGUGUCAAGUGUAUUUGAGUUAAGGGUUUGACCAUACUCAGAUUAGACGUCUCUAAUUUCAUGUGGGCCUAUAAAAACAUCAAGGGACUUGAAAGCAUUUGAAAGAGAUUAGGAAAGUGGCAUGGAGCACCGACCUUUUGCUCCUGAUGACGUGGCGGUGGCCGGUGGGGUGGGCCGUCAUGUGGUGGUGGUGGACCGUGGUACUCAUAACCUUUAGGACGUUACUUAUUUACGUGAAAAGAGAAAAAAAAAAUUGAGAAUUUUAUGUAUAUCUUCUUAGUACU